UACGAGCCCAUUUUCAUAGCUCCAAAACGUGUUGAGAUCGUCUUCUCCAUUUUGGCUGCCAAAGAAAUUUCAGGGGACGAAAGCCUGGUUCAGUUAUUGAAAAAGGAAAACUCGUUCCCUGCCAUGGAAUCACACCACGCAUCUCUCGGCCGACGAACGUUGGAAGAAAUUCGACAGAAGCGAGCCGCGGAAAGAUUAAGCAAAACCUCUUCAGGACCUGAUUUAACUGAUGUUUCAAACUCUAACGAUGUUACGGAAAUCAGAAAAUCAGCGAGCGGAAAUCGACUUCCUGAGAUAGAUUUUGGUAAUUUAGUAGCUCAGAUAAAAGCCCUAGAGAAGAAAAAUGCGGAAUUGGAGGAUCUAAACAAGAAAUUUUUUUCAAAGCUUCAAAGUAAGGAUGCUGAAAAUGAUGUUCUACAAAAGCGAUUGAAUGAUCUGGAACAAACUGUACCAUCCUUGAGAAAAGCUCUGAAGGAUGUUGCUAUGGAGAAAGAUGCAGCAGUUGUUGCACGGGAAGAUUUUUCAGCCCAGCUCCGCACACUCAAGAAACGUCUAAAAGAAGCAGAAGAAGAGCAAUACCGAGCCGAGGAAGAUGCAGCUGCCUUGAGAGCAGAACUGAAUUUGAUGCAGCAACAAUCAAUGAGUUCAUUUGGUGGAAUAGCAACUCUUGCAAAUUCACCUGAUCAAAUGCAAACAUUAGAAAAGGAGUUAGCUAGUUUAAAAUCUCAGUUGCAGCAAGAGUCACUGUUGAGGCAGCAGGAGCAACAGCGAUUAGCAGAGGAGCAAGCCCAAACUUCUACUCUCAUGUCCGAGAAGCAGGAUUUGGAAGAAAAGCUUUCAAUGAUGUCUAGAACAGUAUCAGAAAUUCCAGAGAAAGUGGCUAACAAGGCAUUUUCGGUGGAAGACAAGGAAAAACUUGAGAAGCAAUUACAUGACAUGGCUGUAGUGAUUGAGAGAUUGGAAAGUAGUAGACAAAAGCUUUUAAUAGAGAUUGAUUCCCAGUCUUCAGAGAUAGAAAGGCUCUUUGAGGAAAAUUCUAAUCUCUCAAGUUCUUAUCAGGAGGCAAUAGCCGCAGCAAAACAGUGGGAGGAUCAGGUUAAGGACUGUCUUAAGCAAAAUGAAGAGCUCCGUGGAAUUCUUGAUAAAUUGAGAACUGAACAGGCUAAGAUUUUUGUUGAACCCCACAGAGAUGGGAUUGAUGAGAGCGGUUCAUCUACAUAUCCAACAGAAGUUCUCUCCCUCAAGGGUCAACUUGCAAAAGAACAGAGCAGAGCAGAAGCAUUAUCAUCAGAGGUAUUACAGCUCUCAGCACGACUCCAACAAGCCACUCAAGCAUACAAUGGUCUUGCACGCCUCUAUCAACCAGUGCUGCGGAACAUCGAAAGCAAUCUGAUCAAGAUGAAGCAAGAUGGCUCUGUGAUCGUGCGGUGAAGGAAAGGGCAGUUUGCACAGAAAUUGUUGUACCAAAGAGUGUUGUGGAAGUGGAACAUUCAUGUAUACAGGUUUUUUAAAGUUACAUUCAUAUAAGAAACAAUUAUCAAAAUGUUGAUUUUAUUACCAAAAGAAAAGUUUUUUAUUUUUUGAAAGAGAAAAGUAUCAAAAUGUUGAUUUGAAGGCUUUUGUACAAUGAAUCAAUUUGAGUUACAUUUGUGACUAACCUAAUUGAUAAUGCGAAUUUCUACUUGUGGAA